UGAUAAUGCCAGAUUUUGGAAGGGUGAUUUUUAUGUUAUCGGUUGUUGUUGUUGUUCAUGUCAUGUUUUCAAAAAAAAUGGCAUUGGCGUCGUCAGGAGCUACCAUUCCACUUCAUUUGAAUGCAAAAAGAAAUUGUACAUAUGCAAUUACAGUGAAAACAACUUGCAUAAAGGGUGCUGACACUACCAACCAUGUGAGCAUAAGGUUUGGGGACUCGAAUUCAAAUGACAUCUUCGUGCAUCGCCUCAACUCAAAGCAUGUCAAAAGGCUUGAUCCUCUUGAGCCACAAGUUCUUGACGACGUACCGACAAAACCGUUUCAAGCUUGCACAAUAGACCAAUUUGAACACAAAAGCCACUGUGUAGAUUCACCCGUGUGUUACCUAUAUCUAAAAUUGACAGGUCAAGAUGAUUGGCGUCCAGGUUUUGCACAAGUUCGAGUACUAGAGGGACCACACCUCAGUUCAGAUUACUUCUAUUUUCGUCGAUAUCUGCCAAGAAACGUAUGGCACGGUAUGGAUGUUUGCGACACCGACGUUACCCCUUUUGGGCUAAAAUAUAAAAAGAAGUUGUUUAGCUAGUAGUCUUGGAGCCAUUCAUGACCUGGCUUUAGGUAUCAAAAAGUUAGUCCAGUUUUAAGUUUCGAAUUCAAAAUAAUGUAUAAGUUUCGGUAUGUAAUAUACAAGUUACUAUAUUAGUG